CUCGUUAGUCUUGCUCAAUCUCUUUAAACGAGCAAACGUGAAAUUUUAGUCCUUUGGGUUCGUUUUCUCGGUUACAUUUUGGUGGAAUUUAAAGUCUCUGGUCGGGUGAUGGGUUGCUUUUCGGAUAUCAAAUUUCAUGGUUAUUUCAUCGGGAUGCUGGCCGGGCUGCUGGAAGUGGCAUCGUUAGGUCUGUCGCUGUACUUUUACUUCGGAGGCGGUGAUAAUGAUGGUGGAAAUGGCUUGCCGAUGGAUGUGCGAGAUUUGGUCAGUACUUCGUACGUGGAUUUCAUCGGUGAUGGCCUUAUACUAGUAGCUGUUGCCCUGAUGAUGUACGGGAUUUAUAAGGAAAAUCGAUACUGCCUGAUCCCAUUCAUCAUCAUCAUCAGCUUCGAUUGGGUAUCGUAUUUCGUGCACAACCUUGACCGAUCCCUGCCCAGUCACGUGUGGCUUCUGACAUCAGCAUUUUUCAUCUACAUCUUCGUCGCCUUGCUCGGAUUGUUCGUGCUGUUCGGGAUGAAAAUCGAACCACCCAAAAGCGAGCGGAAAUUUGUCAAGUUUGAUGCAGGCGUCAAAGAUGAUGCCAUUGUGUGAUAUGGCUGGGUUUGAAUUGGCGGCGACAUUUACGGUGUAAAUAUGUGUACAAU